UAUUAUAAUUUUCUGAUCAGUUUGAAAAAGUUUCUGAUAUACCUAUCCGAGGUGAUAUCUUUCCUGUUUAUUGCCGCCUUCCAUAACCGUCGCCUUUCCUCAGACAACUUUGGUGUCUCCUCGCCUUGACCUUUUAUGAUUGUUGGUGCUUUAUGUAAACUAAUACCUUACUGUGAACUCGGUCUAUUGGUACAUCCAUGCCACAUAUUUGCAUGACUGUACUUUGGGUACAUGAUAAAAAGCAACAAACUUCGUCACGUUUUCAUACUCUGUCCUGGGCUUGCUCGGCUGGUUCUGGGAUAAAAAAUGGCGGACCUCGGAAGUACGCACGGACUGGUGACGGAAGGAGAAAACAAGGGAUAGGCGGGGCUUUAAGGGGAACGAGAUUUGGGGGUCAGUUAGCGUUCUUCGGGAUUUUUAUCUGGUGUGUGACGGAACCCAAGAAGUCGAUAACAGGUACACCUGGGCCCCGUAACUCGAAGGCAUCGCACAUUGCGACCGAGCACCGGCGUCUCGAUUCCAUAACUCGCCCAUACUCGCCCCAUGUAAUACAUUGUAGCCUCUAUGUGAUAUCGCUAUUCGCAACACGCGAUCCUUUCGAGUUACGGAGCCCUGGUGAACAGCUACACUGGCAGGACAUACCCUCUACCAGGGUGGCAGAUUAUAUAGGGAAAAAUGGGAAAAUCUAGAGAACAGAGAUAGUAAAAUGACCGUCUAUUUCUAUAAAGACAAAUCUGUGAAUAUCCUGUGAAUAGUCAAUCUGUCGCCUUGGUACAGGGUAGGCAGGACCAGGGUUUUGAUGGGAAGUAAAGGUACUCUCGCUGCGCUAGGCUAAUGUAAGAUAGUGGACAAAGAUAAUUUACCUUAAGAUAAUUUACCGGUAGUGCCCAGGGAUGGAAGUAAAGCUUGGUUUUGCCUCGUUUCGUUUAGCUAACUAGUAUCCCGAUGAUCAAUAUUGAACACCUCUUUCCAUCUUAAAAUUCUAUGUAGGCUAUACACAGGGAUACAUGCAGCUAUGUGUGCUAUUUGUUUUCAUGUGAUGUUAUUUCGAAGAUCCCAUCUUCCCAAAGAUCACCCAGGACCCGUACUGACCCUUAAAACGUGCAAGCAAAGUUAAUGUUCUGUACUAUGUGUUCGCCUCUUGGAGUGUCAACGCCAGCGAUCGAGGAUCUACCGGUUGACACAUUUAUUGUGUCUGUAUAUUUGAGAUAUCAAAAGACUGGGCUCUACAAAGGAGACGACGCUUGUUAGCGAUCUUUAGGAUUGAGGCCAGGUGUUGUGACGGACACAGAGACAUCGCAAUGCACUUCGACGAUCUUCUCAAGACUCUUGGGGAGUUUGGCACCUUUCAGAAGAGAAGAUACGCCCUGAUAUGUAUCCUGGGCUUCCAAUCAGUAAUGGCUAUGCUAGGAAUUGUGUUUUUUGGUGCUCAGAUGGACCAUUAUUGUAAGGUCCCUGCUCACUACAUAGACUGGGUGACACAGGCGUAUGGAAACGUUUCACAUGAAGAACUGUUAAAUAUUGCCAUACCUCGAAAUAAAGACGGGGAGAGAGAGCAAUGUAUAUUAUAUAGGUACGACAACGACACUCGUUUGGAGGCAAUAUACAGCAUAGCAGAUGGUCAAAACAUAACCUCUGAUUUUUCCCACAGUUUCGGAGCACUGCAUUUGGAGAGAAGUAACAUCACUACAAAACCAUGUCCAGAGGGAAGAAUUUAUAGCCAGGAACAGUUUAAGAGCACACUUGUUUCUGAGUUUGACCUGUCUUGUGGGAAUGCUUGGCAACUGAGCACUUGCAAGUCAGCGCUGUUUGCUGGGAAGCUUUUUGCCCUCUUAUUGUCAGGUGUGAUAUCGGACAGAUUUGGCAGACGACAUGUGUUUUUGUUCGGUCAGUUCUUUGUAGCCGCCACAGGGAUAAGCAUGGCGUUUGCUCCGGACAUGCUGUCUUUUUCUGUUUUGUACGUUCUCCAAGGAUCAUGCGACGCCCUGGUUUACCUAACUAUCUAUACACUAGGAAUGGAGUUGGUAGGUACAAGUAAGCGACGUAUGGCCGGCCUCAUCAUCGGAAUGUUUUUUGGAUUAGGACACACAUUACUGGCACUAGAGGCGUACUUGGUACGCAACUGGCGCCAUCUAGCGUUGGUGGCAAAUUCACCUGCAGUUUUCUUCACUUUGUUUUGGUUGGUUCUUCCGGAGUCGGUGCGAUGGCUGCUCGCUCAGGGUCGACAUGAAGAAGCAAAGGCAAUCAUUACAAGAGUAGCUGCCGUCAACAAGGUCACACUGGAUCCAGAUGUACUCGAUGAAUUUUUAUUGACGGGAGACCAGGAGAAGAGGGUAACGCACACUCCCGUCGAUUUACUGAAAACCUUGAACAGGGCUAAAGUGACUCUCAACCUCGCUUUCCUCUGGUUGGUGAACUCUUUGGUAUAUUUUGGCCUCUCCUAUGGUACUCAAGAUCUCGGAGGCAGCCUGUUCCUCAAUUUUGCACUUAUGGGCUUGGCAGAUAUCCCGGGACAAUUCUUAGCGCUAUUCAUUUUAGAUACAAUAGGGCGUCGAAAGAUAUUGCUCAUUUUCAUGGUAAUUGGUGGACUGGCGUGUAUCAUUGCUGUGCUCAUACCGAAAGACUUGCAAUGGCUAACUAUAACACUGGCUUUACUGGGGAAGAUGGCAAUAAGCACAACCUUUGCUGUCAUCUAUAUGGUAACUAGCGAGAUCUAUCCCACGGUAAUAAGGCACGUCAGCUUAAGCUUCCAUUCCUCUAUUGGACGGUUAGGUGGUCUUUUGGCCCCUCAGAUUCUCCUCUUGGAAACUGUCUACAAGCCGCUGCCGUUCAUAGUAAUUGGGUUGUGUUCCGUGACUGCCGGAGGGCUGGCAAUGUUGCUGCCAGAGACCCUGGGAAAGCCCCUGUCUCAGACCAUGGCCGCUUUCGACACGGUGAUAAAUGGAAGGUUGGUAUCAAAAUGCACAUUUAACCGCUUCUCUCUGUAUUAGGUAAAAUCCCAUUUUCAUAUUGACGUCAACGGUUCAGGUGGAUGAGGCACUGAACUUUUUGUUGCUACAUUUAUUUUAUUUUUGUUUAUUUGGCUGUUGGUUUAA